GGAAGCUGCUCUGCCAAUUUCUGUGGCCGCCCUCGCCUGCAGAGCCCAGGAAGGGCUUCUCCUCCCUCCGAGAGGCUUCCUGCUUUCGCUUUGGGGCUGGCGAGGCCUCGGAGGCGGCCAAGGAGCGGGGAAGCAGCCCCUUCCUGCAGUCUAAGCAAGGACAGAACGGAAUGGAGGGUGAACCCUGAUGAAACAACACCUGGAAGGGCAGGAGGAUGGUAACUAAGCUAGGUACAGGCUUCAGCAGGAAAUCAACCAAUCCUUGGAAAUUGUAGUGAACUACUAGUUGCUCGAGAAUUUUGGUUGCUUGAAUUUGGAUGAUUUAAGUCACAAGAGCAUUUAUGUGCCAGAGUGGUUACAUCUCAUGCCAGCAUUCAAAGCAGGAGUGGGUGAAGCAGAUCCAUGGCGAGUACCAGAGAGCUUCUUCGUGUGAUCAAAGAUUUAGAGAAUAUUGUGAUAGAGUUAAAUGCAAAUUACCAGGCACGGGGACUACCAGUGACAGAUGGUAGUCGGGAGCUGCAACAGUUCUGUGCCCAGCUGGAGUUCUUGUUGCAGUAUGAUCUGAAAGAGAAGAGAAAUCUCUUUGGGCAGAAGAAAGAUUAUUGGGACUUUCUGAGUAGAGUCCUGACAAGGCUGCACAGUGGAAUCCAUGAAGGAUUGCAACAUGUCACCUCCCUGGACAAACUAAAAACAUCUUUAGGGAAAGGACGUGCUUUCCUCCGCUAUUGCCUGGUCCAUCGACAACUUGCUGAAACCUUACAGCUUUGCUUCAUGGAACCAGAUGCUACCAGUGAGUGGUACUACGCACGCAGCCCCUUUCUGGACAAAAAGCUAUGGCUGGAUAUCUUGGGCUCCCUCUAUGAACUUGAAGGCAUCACCUUCCACCUCGCACUCUGUAGAGCGGACCUGGAUGCUGCAUGGCCAAUGGUUUCUGAGGCUUUGCCGCAACGUUCCAUCCCAGUUGCCAAGCACACCAAUGCAGAGAAUGAAUCUUCUGAGGUUAGGAACUCAAAUCACAGUCCAGGAAGCAACCAAGAAGCCACCCAAGCCCACAAGAAUGCAUUACGAACCAAAGAUUUAUAUGUUCCUCAGUCAACAAAUGAUGAUCCAGUCAGACUUGGAUGGGAGCACUCAAUAGAAAAGUGGGUUGGAGUCUGGAGAAACAGAAAGAACAGUCUGCUACAGAUGGGUUCUCUUGUAAAGCUGAGUUCUUUUAUGGAAAAGGAAGCCCAGCAUCCAGUUUCUGUUGAGGAAGUGAAGAGGGGAAAUGGUGAGUCACAGAUCCAUGUGGACAAAUUCAGUAAGGAGCAACCAGGCAAGGUCUCUUCCAGCCAAGAUCUUAGUUCCCUGCUUUCUCAGCCUGAACAUUUCCUCUGUGAAAAGAUGGAGGAUCCACAAGUGACAUCUGAAAAUGAGGACUGCUGGAAGCAGAAGGAUUUGAGAGCGAUGAUAUGGGAACUUAGUGCUUUGCAGCUGAAGAUGGCCCAGCAACAAGAAGAAAACAAGUAUCUGAAGCAAGCCCUUUUAGAGGAGAAUCAGGCUCUAAAAGAGGAGCUAGCCAAGCAUGAAAAACAACAGAAGGAGAAAAUGAAUGAGCAGGAGAAACAGCAGCAAGAGCUGUCCAAGGUAGUAAAAUCCCUCAGAGAGGCAGAAUCCAAGAUUGCCAACCUGACCAUUGAAUGCCAGGAGGCAUGGGCCAAGAAAGAUGCUGCUGAGAGGCGUUUUGAGGAGGCAGAACAAAGGCUGAGUUCUCAAGAGGCAGAAUGGAGAAGGUGCCUGGCAGAAAAGGAGACUCAAGAAUUGAAGCACCAGCAAAUGAUCUCUCAAUGUCAGGGGCUGCAGGAAAAACUAAAGGUGUGUGAAAAGAGUCUGGACAGAUGGGAAACCCAAGUGGCUGCUCUGAGCAGCCAUCAUGGCCAACUGGAAACCAGUGAGGCACAGUCAGAAGGGACAAAUGACACACUAGUAGAGACAGCAUUAGAGAAGGGUCUUUUAAGGGAGAAACUGGAGAGGAGGCUAGCUGAGAUAAAGAUGCUAGAAAGGGAGAAGGAGACUCUCACAGAAACUCUCAUCUCACAAGAGAAUAGCUUCAUGUUAACAAAAUUAGAAGCUCAGGACCUUCAGAUGAAAGUGUCAGUGUGUCAAGAACAUAUUUUUACUCUCCAGAUGUCUCUUCAGAAGACAGAGAAGGUCCUAAAAGACAAGGAAGAGCAAUUGCAAGGCUUGCAAAAUGACCUACAGGCCCAGACAAACCAGCUUCAGGUGGUUUUGAAGGAAAACACUACAUUGAAAGUUCAGUUAGAAGAAAUGGCCCAAAAGAAAUCACAGCUGAUUGAUCAACUAGCUGAGGAGCGGACCCAGUGUGAAAGAAUCAGACAGGAAUCAGUCAGCCAGAUAGGAACAAUUGAAAAAGAGGUUGCUAAGCUUCAAGAGGAGAAGAAGCAGCUCCAGGCCACUCUGCAGCAAGGCCUUGAAGAAAGAGAGGCUUUGGCAAAGCACUUAGAGAGCACUACUGCUGCCCUGAAGGGACAGAUCCAGGAGAUCACCCAACUUAGAAGUGAGCUGGAGAAUGGGAAGGCCACCAGCCAAGCACUACAGAAAACCUUGCAGGAUAAAAAUGAAAUUGUGGCCUCUGCCCUAAGAGAGGAGUGUCUACAACUGAAAACUCGUGUGGGCCAACUAGAACAAGAGAAAAACCAAGCAACUGACAUAGCAAAGAAGCUGAGUGAAGAACUGGAACAAUACUGGGAAUGGUCCACAGAGAAGAGCAUUCCUCUUUGUGGCAAUGUGCUGACACUAGAACCUGAGACCAGAGAUGAGAAAGCCAGGGUCCCAGUCAAGGAGAGGGGAAUCCUCACAGAGGCAAACAGCUCUGGGGUGGCAACGCCACAACUAAUGGACAUUCUUCCAGUUGGUAUGCCACAAGCUUUGGAAAACGCUGUCAAGAAAGUGAGCUGUGACAAGCAUGAAAAUCAAACCCAUGGAAAGUGUCUGAAUAGCCAUCUGGACAAAAUUAUGAAUGAUGUUCAACAUGCAAAGCAAAAGCUAGCAGCCAAGGCAGACACUACAAAGCAUCUCAUGGAGCAGCUGAGCCGAUCCCAGCAAGAAAAAGAACAAUUGCAAGUCUUGUUGGAAAAAAGACACCAAGAAUCAAAAGAAAAGGAAAAUAAAUAUAAGCAACAGCUGUCGGAACAGGGGGAGCUUAUUUGCAGUAUGAAAGGGAAGUUGCUGGAAUUACUGCGUGAGAAGGAUGCUCUGUGGCAGAAGACAGAAGGCAUUUCUCCUCCAGUAGCGUGUUCAGCUCCCCAGACCUCUGGGACAUGUACUCUCUGUAAAAAGGAUUUCAGGCUCAUGUCACGCCGCUACCAGUGCAGGUUGUGCCAACACACUGUGUGCCAUGCUUGUUCUGUGAGUACUGGGCAGAAGGAGCGCUGUUGCUUGCCAUGCCACCAGAAGAGAAACAGCCAAGGAACCUGACACUUCAAACUUCAUCAAAUCAACAAGGGCUACUCAGUUCCACAGUUGGCCAAAACUUUCCUCUAGCUGACGUGGUAGUUUGGCAAUGUAUGCCUUUGUAUCAUCACUGCAGAACAACCUGGUGAAACAGGACCAUACUAUGACCGUUGAGGGUGUUGGAAUGAUAAUGAGGAAUUCCCUUCAAAAUUAGAUAGAAAUAGAGUCUGACCCUGAAUAUUGAGGCACUUUCAGUGGUGCUGGGCAUCUCUAAUGUGUUUCAAACCCAAUAACACCUUUUGUUGACAGUCUGGUUUUAGCUGACAUUCAGUGCAGUUCAGUGAAAACAAAGUGACUCCGUUUGUUUUACUAUUCAUUUUUAUACAAUAGUGUAUAAUAUGCUGUCCUGUUUUCUCCAUAUUACCAAAGAAAUUAGUAGUUAUUAUUUUUCAGAUGCUGCUAAAAUGAUGGUACUAAUCAAGAAUAUAGUUGUGAUUGCGUUUUAAAGUAUUUUAGAGAGGAAUUUUCCAAAUUGUAUCCCAUUCACCUAUAUCUGCAAAAAGGAAUGAAAUAACCAAAAACAAAA